AAAAAAAAAUUAAUAAUAAAUUUGCUCAACAUUUAGGAAAACAUGCAGACAAUUCAUUAUCAUUCUAUUAACAUAAACAAGAUAUGGGGAAUUACCAAGAUUCAGCAAUUCUUAAAACACUUCAAGGCCCGAGAUUGUCUACCAGACAACAUAGAUAAUUGUUUAAAUAAUGAAAGUAUAGCUGAUGUGGAGAUGGGACCUAAACUUAGAGCUAAAGAACCACCAAACAAAGUUAACGCAACUUUAACGAAUGUCGCCCAUUUUUGCACCUGUGUGUACACGUUAUUAGUGAUCUACUUGGCACUGACAGACACUUUUGUUUUUUUCACAUGGCACCCUAUUUUGAUGUCCAUUGGGUGGACCCUGUUGAUGACAGAAGGCGUUUUAGCCCUUGAAAAAGACAACAGCCUUACAAAAUCCUUGAAAACUCUAAUACGUUGGAGGACCCACUGGAUAGCAUUGACGAUAGCAAUAACUUGUAUAUUAACAGCAUUUUUCAUAGUAUUUCUAAACAAGGAUUAUUCCAACAAACCCCAUUUUAAAACGUGGCAUGGUUUAUUUGGACUUAUAGGAACAAUUGCAGCUGUGCCGACAUGUAUAAACGGCAUUCCUUUACUGUGGAAAAUGAGUCUGACUCAUAUUGUUAGCCCAAAGAUUGUUAAGUUUGUGCAUGUUUCGAGUUCUAUAGUUGCUUUAAUUUUUGGGGGUAUAUCGUUAUCUUUAAGUGUUUAUACAAACUGGUUUACCAAGCACACAAAAGGUAGUUAUGUUUGUUUUAUUUAUGGCGUUAUUUGUGUAGGGUUUCUUACAACUUGGGUACUUGUGAAACCGUUUAAGUAUUGCUUUAGGUUUAUAAAGAAUUUUUGUGUUGAUAGUUGGAAUAAUAAAUAAUUUAUUAUAAGUUAGUUAUACACAUUAGAUUAUAUUUUACUUGUGUAUUUUUGUACAAACUAGAUUACAUUUCAUAUCUUUGAUUAAGCUAUACGUUAAAACUAUAACCAAUAUUUCCCUAACAAUUUCCUAAUUUUAACUUAAAAAAUCCAAUAGAUAGUACUAUGUAUUACAUGUUUACCAAGUAUUUAUACAUAUUUUAAUUAAACAUUUAAAUCCAUUUAUUUUGUUUUUAUGAUGAGAAGUUUUUGAGUUAAUUAAUGCCUAAUAGGCAUUUAAGUUUAAUACCAAAACUUUAAUUCAGUGUGUAAAAUACAUAUUUAUAUUAAAGUUUUCAAAACCCAUUUAAUUUAAUUUAAAAACGGUGGAUUUUAUAUUUUUUCUACUCCCACCUUUAAAACGCCCUUUAUCGUACAGUUGUAUUCAAUAAAAAAGCGUACAAGAAUUAGAAUGAGAGAAAACUGUCAAAAUAAUAUUAUUGCUUAAAACCGGCUUAUCACUGAAAUAAGUCAUUAAAAUAAUUACUAUAGGUUAUAAAGAGCAUUGACGUCG